ACCGUUGGUGUUCACGGGCUGCAGAGCGUAGGAGGUGAGGCUGUGCUAGACUCGCAGGAACAGGGGUGAGCUCAAACUCAAAGGCCAUGCGCAUCGAUCACGUCAUCGCCGCCAUCCAUUUGUGGUGACUCCCGGCAACGAAACUUGCUUUUUUCCUUAUAAUUACAAUAACACAUAAUAUAACGUUGGCGAGGAUUGGGACAACGUCGCAGUUCCUUACACUCUAGUAGUCACACCUCGUCUUCACGUCGUCUACGAGACCCUUGAUGACUCUUGAAAGAUGGAAUUAAUGGAGCUGAUCUUUGACGAGUGAACGCUAAUUUAACUAUGAACCGCUGCAGCGGCGGUCGCGGCCUCCCGGUUUUGCUACCGGCAGCCAUCGUGAUACUCUAUCUACAAUGUGCCCUACUUGUCGUUGACUGCAAGCCUACUGCAUGCAAGACUUCACAAGGCGCCUUUUACUUGGAGAGGAAUGCCUUGUUUCUGGGUCUGGGUCAGUAUUGCAUACCGCUGGUAAUCACAUCAACGGCGUGCAACGCGUCAACAACAACGGGGUGUUGCGCCGCUGAACGUCUUGAUUCGGUCUCUAUCAACAUAGGCAAUGAGUGCCGCAUUACGCCCAGGCGGGUGUCUGCGUACCUGUUGCUCGGCGAGGACGGCGGCCGCAAACGGGCUGGGCGACUGCUGAACGUAACGCUGGCACGGGGCCGCGGCUGGCGGCAGCUGGUCAUCAGCGGCUUCGCGCUGAGCCCCUCCCUGCUCGCAGUGAACAGCAGCAGUAACGAUAGCAGCAGCGGCGUGACUACUGCUGGUAAUGGUGUUAGUGGCAGCGGAAGCAGUGGUACGGGCCGUGCGCAGCUGUGCCUGCAGUUCAAGGGCGCCACGGCGGCCGCCGGCAGCAGCAGCGGCGGCGCCACGUCCCCUGGGGAGUGUGCAACGUUAGCGGGCUUGUGCGCCACUCCCGUCACUGGUAGCCCCGCAUCCCUCAGCAACAGCAGCCCGCAGGUCACAUGCACGGCGGUGCUAUCGGCCGCAUCAGGGGGCUGCUGCUCGACGUCGGUGGUGGCAGUGCCCAGCAGCCAGCAGGCGCCGCCGCUGGGAGCCCCACCCCCGGUGCCGCCGGCUGUGGUCCGGGAAGCGGGUGAGGACGCUGCAGGCAGCAGCGGCAGCAGUCCACCGGUGCCGCCACCGGUGUCUCCGCCUUCGCCGCCGUCACCUGUUCCCCCGCAGCCGCCCGCCGAUGGGCUGCUGCUGUGCGCAACCUUCAGCCUCCUGCUGCUCGACAGCAGCGGCGGCACGGGCGGAGGCACCGGUGCGGCGCUGCUACUCUCGCAGGCGCAGUGCGCCACAUGGCAGGCCGCAGUGGGCUCUGAGCUCACUACCUACUUCACAACACCGGCGGCCACGCCACCCGCUGCUGGGCUGCUGGCCAUUCUUCCAACCGCCGCUAGCUGUAGCGGCUCAGGGGCUGUGGUGUGCGGCGCACUGACCUGGGCAGCGGCGGACGCGGGCGGCGCUGCGGACGCGGCUGCGGCCCUUCAGGACUUCCUGUACCUCCGUGUGGACGGCUGGCUGGAUGCGGCGCUCAGCGGCACCAGCUGCAGGACGGCAGCGGGUGGGCUGUACACCGCUACGGCCGCGAGCCUUGUGGUAGAGGUGGAGGGCUUGCGGGUGGAGACGGCAAGGGGCGUGUGCGGCAGCGAUUCGGCCGAAGAAGGGGAUAGCGGCGGUGGAGAGCCGGCGGCAGCUGGUCCUGCCGCGCCGCCGCCUAGCCCGGGGCUGCCGGGCCCGCCGCCGAGUGCACCGCCUCCUCCCUCGCCACCGCCGCCCGCUCCACCAUCGCCGCCCCCGUCUCCACCCCCACCGCCGCCCUGGUGGAGUGACGAUGCCAGGUGGCAGUACUUGUGGAUCAGUCCGCCACCGCCCCCGAGUCCCCCGCCGCCGCCUCCGCCCACCCCGCCCUUGCCGCCGCCGCCGCCGCCACCGCCCUCGCCGCAUCCGGACGCGCCUCUACCGCCCGCCGCCGCCUACGCCACAGACGUGUGCCUGGAGGUGUACGUCAUCCCGCGGGACCCUGCCGUGGGUCCCGCGGGGUUCGUUCUCGAUGACACGGUGUGUACGGCGGCGGCGGCGCGGCUGGCGCUAGGGCUGGCCAAUGUCACGCUUGGUAGUGGCGGCGUGGUGUGGCGGCCCUUCCGCCUGGACGCAUGCUCGACAGACUACGUUCCGUCGGCAGACGGAGGCAGCGGGGACGGCGGCGGCGUGUUCCCGUACGUGCGGGUGUGCGGCUCCGUGGACUCGCCGUUGUUGUACGACACACUGCUUGCGCUGUACAUCUGGGCGGCGGGCGGCGACCCCGGCGCGAUCGACAUACCUGUGCCGCGUGUGGCGGCUGGCCUGGUGACAGGCGGGCGCCGCGGCACGGGCGACCCGGGCUGCCCCUACACGGCCAACGGCAUCACCUUCCGUGUCGGCAUGUACGACUCGGUAUACUACACGAACGGUUUCCCGGCGACCGACUAUCUGUGCGGGAACGCGGACCCGCCGCCGCCACGGCCGCCACGCGGCCUGCCCCGUACGCCACCGCGUCCGCCGCGCACUCCGCCGUCGCCGAAGCCGCCGCGACCGCUGCCGCCUUCCCCCGAGCCGCCCCCACCUCCUGACCAGCCGCCCUCACCCGAGCCGCCCAGCUCGCCGCCCCUGCCGCCCGCCUAUCCUCCCCAGCCGCCGCUCCCGCCCGCCUACCCGCCCUCCCCAUCCCCGCCGCCCUCGCCUCCCCCGCCGCCGCCGCCGCCUCCGGAGGUCUUCUGCCAGCUGUGCAUCCAGCUCUCCAUCACCGCCAGCAGCACCGACGUGUUCAUACCGUACAGCCUUUCCGAGUACGAAUGCGGGGCCUUCGGUGCCACCAUCGCGGAUGAACUGGCCUUUGCCGUAUACGACCUGCUGGGGCCUGCCGCGCCAGGCGGCUUCAACAUCGUCGCGUGUGUGCCCGACGCCACAGACGCGUUCGGCCGGCACACCACCUACGUGCGCGUGUGUGGUCAGGUGCGGGAGCCCAUCAGCGGCAGCGACUUUGCGACGUUGCAGCAGGUGCUUGAGACUCAGGUGGGGACGUGGCAGACGCUACCGGGCAACGGGCAGUGCCCGGUGGAGCUGGCGGGCCACUUCAUCACGGCCGCCACCUACAGCGACCCCGCCGCACGGGACUGCGGCUUCAAAGCCAGCGCUACCGGAGCCUGCGCACUAGUGUCGCCGCCUCCGCCGCCACCACCGCCGCCGCCGCCACCCCUUCUUCCGUCACCACCGCCGCCACGGCCAUCGCCGGUUGCCAGCCCACCACCGCCGCCUCCGCCUCCCAACCCUCCGCCGCCGCGGCCUCCGCCGCCUGCACCUGCGCGCUGUCAGCUGUGCCUGACUUUGCAGUUCAUUGGCACAGGGACCUCAGGGGCCAAGUCUUUUUGUGCGGCGCUUAACAAGGCUGCCGCGGACACUUUCCAGCCGCUUGCGGAUGCACAGGGCAUCCGCUUGCUCGGCAGCGGCAGCGGCGGCGGCUCCGUGUGGCGCGCCUCCGGCUGCGGCCUGACCGACAGCCCCGGCAUUGCAGCCGUGUCCGUGUGCGCCGACCUCCUUGCCGCCCAGGCGCCGGCGCUGCCGCGUGUCCUGUCUCAGGGCUUGCUCCAGCUAUUCGACAGCCUCUUCCCGCCGCUGGCCUCCGGCGCGGGCAGCGGUGGCGGCUGCGCUGCCUACCCCAACACAGCACGAAGCUACCGCCUGCGUGUCAGCGAUGGCUCGGCCAGCAGUGGUGGCGCCAGUGGCAGCAGCGGCAACAGCAGCGCCGCCGCGGGUGGCUGCUUUCCGGCAGAGGAGCGAGAUUGCUCCACACCGGUGCCGGUCGCCACCUCGUUUCCUCCGGAUGCGGCCUGCAGCAAGGACAGUCCUGCAGGCGCAUUCCGUCUGCGGCGUGACAUCCAAUUUAAGAACGUCACCAUAUUGACCACACGGUACCAGCUGCACUGUUUCGGCAUCCAGCUCAACAACGGCUCCUCCGCCAACACCUCGGCCUGUGCCGGCAGUGGGCGUGUCGUGCAGCUGGCCAUACUCGCCAACGCCACCCAGCGCGGCGCGCUGACCAGCGUGGUCGUGCGCGGCAGUGCUGACCAGCGGCGCCUGCCCGUGUCGUCCCCUGCCACCUCCACCCCCACCUCCAAUGGGACCGCCGAAGCCCUGGACGCUUGGUGGGUGCGGCCGGGCGCCACUGGCGCGGACCGCAAGCUGGGCAACGCGCUGUGGGUGCGGCCCAUUGACUGGAACGCGGACCUGACGCGUGACCUGGUGGCCAGGGGCCGCGCGGAGGUGUGCCUGGAGCUCAGGCCGGGGGUGGGGCUGGGAGGCUUCUGCUUGGGCGACGGCGGCGCCACGUGCUACGUGGCCAUAUACUCCAGUGACACGUGCUGCCCGGUGGCCGGCGCGGCGCUGCCCUAGCGAGCAGCGUGCCUUGUGGCUUGCCCGCCUGUGCCGCAGUGGGUGUGGGUGGAAUGAUACAGGGAAGAGAAACCAAGUACUUGUGGCGCAUGGGGGAGGACAUAAUGGAAUGAGUAAAUGAGUGGGCACAAUUGGAGUUUCGGGUUGGGCGAGGCUGGGGAGGGCAAGUUUACUACUGAUGUUCAAGUGCAUGGUUAAUUGCUUCCGUUUUGUGCUCUGACAAGUGUCCCCGGUCAGGAAAAUUGCGCUCUGAAAAGAGUGAUGCCGGGAGUGAACCUACAAAUACAAGCAUAGGAUAUGUACUGAGCUUUGAUCAACAACUAUGUCAAGACUUUCGUCGAUUCCAGGUUAUGAUACUACGCGUGCCAGGGGAAGCACGCUGACCUGGGGCGUCUUGUGCUGCCAGGUGCGGAUGGACCCCUGAAACAUUGAAGCGCGUAAUGCUUCGUGGCUCUCCCUGCUGGCUUCCACGUGUACCGUACCACCCAGCUAACGGCUGAUACAUAUCAGUGAAUGAGCCGUUCUGUACAUCAUGCAGGAACUGACAAAAGGGAUGCGGUACACUAAACGGUAU